AUGUCGAACAAGCAAUUCAACGUCCCUCCAGUGAUUUUCCCCAUAUCCCCAAACCAACGUCGUCCAACAGCACCAUUUCAGCCCCGUCCAACCACAAACCCAAUCCCCUUCAUGUCCUACGAAAUAGGCUCCGCAACAACAUCAUCCUUCCCCCCAGCUCCGAACAAUUUCAGUUUCGACCAAGAGCCACCUCUCUUAGAAGAACUAGGAAUCAACACGAAACAGAUCUGGAAUAAAACCACAUCGCUUCUCAACCCACUCCGCAUCAAAAACCUAGAUCUCCAUGAAGACGCCGACCUAUCAGGACCGGUAAUGCUAAUAAUGGCUUUCGGUCUUUUCCAGCUUUUGGCCGAGAAGAUUCACUUCGGGAUUAUUCUCGGUUGGGUGACCGUUUCGGCGUUGUUUCUUUAUGUUGUUUCGAACAUGCUCGCGGGACGUAAUGGAACGUUGGAUAUUUAUCGAUGUGUUAGUUUAAUUGGUUAUUGCAUGUGGCCUAUGGUUAUUUUGUCUGUAAUUUCUUUGUUUCUUCCUCAGGGUGAGUUAUAUAUCUCUGUUAUUGCUGUGUUUUUUGUUGCAUGGUCUACCAAGGCUUGUACUAUGUUAUUGGUACAUGUGGCUAGGUGGGACCAACAUCCUGGGUUACUUGCAUAUGUUUAUUUUCUUAUUUAUUCCUUGUUCUCGCUUCUUGUUAUCUUUUGA